AAGCAGAUGCAGAAGUGAUGCAAAAACAAAUUAAAUUAUUCAUUAAACUUUUCAAUACUAUCACCGUAAGUGAUAAGAACACUUGUUGAUUAUAUUUGAAAAAAUAAACUAUUAAAACCCGACACACAGUAUAAAUAACGUUCGUGUAUCUGAAAAUAUCUUCAGUUCUAUUUAAGCUAGUGUUUACUAAAAAGGUUUCUUCACAAAUAUGAGCUUGUUCUUGAACUUGUUGGUGUUGAGCAUUCUACUGCUUUUAGCCUUUCUUAAGUACAGCCACAGCUACUGGAAACGCCGUGGUGUACCACAUGAAGCACCUCCUUUCCCAUGGGGUGAUUUUAAAGAAUGGCGCAACACAAAAUGUUUCUAUGAAAUAUUAACACCAAUCUAUAAGAAAUUUAAGGGCAUUGCACCAUUCGCCGGCAUGUUCAUGGCCUUAAGGCCAGUCGCACUGAUUUUGGACCCAGACCUGGUGAAGAGUGUACUCAUCAAAGACUUUAAUCAUUUUCGUGAACGCGGUAUAUUCUCCAACGUCAGGGAUGAUCCGCUGACGGGUCAUCUCUUCGCCUUAGAAGGAACCAAAUGGCGCGAAUUACGUCACAAACUCUCUCCGGCGUUUAGUUCUGGUAAAAUGAAACACAUGUAUUCCAUCGUGGUCAAAGUGGCGGAGGAAUUUAAAAAAGUUUUGGAUGAAAAGCAAGCGACUGCUGCUGGUGGUGUCAUUGAGAUCACUGACUUGCUCUCGUGCUUCACUGCGGAUAUCAUCGGCGUAUGCGCCUUUGGCAUCGAGUGCAAUAGUUUGCGCAAUCCGCAAGCGGAAUUCGUUGUGAUGGGAAGGAAAGCGAAUACCGAACGGCGACACGGCUUGCUGCUGGACCAAUUUAUUGAAGCAGCGCCGAAAUUGGCACGUACACUGCGUAUGCGACAAAUCCCACAAGAUGUGAAUGAUUUCUAUAUGGGAAUCGUGCGUGAAACCAUCGAGUAUCGGGAAAGGACUGGUGUAAAACACAACGACCUAAUGGAUGUCUUACUGGAAUUAAAAACCAAGGACGGAAAGGAUGGCGGACUCACAGUUAAUGAAAUUGUUGCACAAGCUUUCGUCUUCCUUGUAGCUGGUUUUGAGACCUCUUCAUCCACAAUGGGAUAUGCACUUUAUGAGCUGGCCAAAUGUCAGGAUAUACAGAAUCGAUUACGUGCUGAGAUAAAUGAGGUGCUAAAGCGACACAACAACCAGUUCACCUACGAGUCAAUGCAAGAUAUGCGCUACAUGGAGCAAGUAAUAUCAGAGACAUUGCGAAGAUAUCCAAUUUUACCCCAUUUGGUGCGUGAAGCUGAUAUAAAUUAUAAAACCACAGAUACGCGCUUCACCAUUGAAAAGGGCACAAUGGUUAUUAUACCUGUCUAUGAGCUACACCAUGACCCCGAAUACUUCCCAAAUCCAGAAAAGUUCGAUCCUGAACGAUUUUCAGAAGCAGAAAUCAAAACACGCCCCACCUGCACUUAUGUGCCCUUUGGCGAUGGUCCACGCAAUUGCAUCGGCUUCCGUUUUGGCAAAAUGCAGGUGUGCAUUGGACUCACAUAUUUGGUGAGACAUUUCAAGUUUUCAGUUUGUGAUGAAACGGAAGAGCACUUGAACUUUCUGGUGGAGAAAAUGAUACUACAACCGGUCAAUGGCAUAAAACUGCGAGUGGAGCGCUUGUAAAAGUGGACUGCAGGUCUAAAUGGAAUGGCUCUGCUGGGCGGUCUGGAAGGAACAUGUUGUAGUACUAACUGUUUUUUUUUAAAUAAAAUGUUAUAAUAAUAAAAUUUAAUUCCCUUACCUUAAUUUUUUAGGUCAAGAUAUAGAUAUUCCAAAAUUUCCAUUUUUGUUUAAAUACAAAUUUCAUAAAUCACUAUAUUU